CCUGAACUGUCGACGUAUAGUCUAUAAACAAGAAAUACAAUAAUAAAUUAUAAUUAUAUGUGUACUGAUGCAGUUCUUAAUUUGUUACAAAUUAAAAAAAUAACAAAACACGUAACUUUUUAUUUCUCCCUAUUUUACAAUUAAACAAGAACCCCGGUCAUUAUUUAAUGAUGGCAGAGUCCUCCAAGCCCACAGAUGGAGAUGUAGGACUAGCAGCUCCCGCUCGGCGCUGUUCGUUAUCUUCUUGUUUUUGAUGGCCCUUGUCAGUCCGUCUCGGUAUUGUUGCUGUCUUUGCCGCUCCAUGAUGGCGCUGGUGGGAUCCCUCCAUAAAGAGCUAGCCGAGACAGUCUCCUCCUGUCGGGUUCUGGUGGUAGGAGCCGGAGGAAUCGGUUGUGAGCUUCUCAAAAACCUCGUCCUUACCGGAUUCUCCAACAUCGAAGUGAUUGAUCUUGACGUCAUUGAUGUCAGUAAUCUUAACCGUCAGUUUCUGUUCCAGAAGAAACAUGUUGGGAAGUCAAAAGCACAGGUUGCUAAGGAAAGCGUUUUACAGUUUUGUCCCAAAGCCAACAUUACAGCCUACCACGAUAGCGUCAUAAACCCAGAUUACAACGUGGAGUUUUUCAGGAACUUUAUGCUUGUCAUGAAUGCUUUGGAUAACCGAGCCGCCCGUAACCAUGUGAACAGGAUGUGUCUGGCUGCUGACAUCCCCCUGAUAGAGAGCGGGACGGCUGGCUACCUGGGGCAAGUCGCUGUCAUCAAGAAGGGAGUAACAGAGUGUUAUGAGUGCCAACCAAAACCAACACAGAAAACUUUCCCAGGCUGUACCAUCCGCAACACCCCAUCGGAGCCCAUCCACUGCAUCGUGUGGGCCAAGUAUCUGUACAACCAACUCUUUGGAGAGGAGGAUGCGGAUCAGGAAGUCUCCCCAGACACAGCAGACCCUGAAGCUGCCUGGGAGCCAACAGAGACGGCAGCCAGAGCAGGCGCUUCUAAUGAAGAUGGGGACAUCAAGCGAGUCUCCACAAAAACCUGGGCUAAAUCCACUGGCUAUGACCCAGUCAAGCUCUUCAACAAGCUUUUUAAUGAUGACAUCAAGUACUUGCUAACUAUGGACAAGCUAUGGAAGAAAAGGAAAGCUCCUGUCCCCUUGGACUGGAAUGAAGUUCAAAAACUAGAGGAGAGCAGUGACCUCCAGGUGGAGUCCUCCACAGCAGGGCUGAAGGACCAGCAGGUGCUGGAUAUUAAGAGCUGCUCCCAGCUGUUUGCCAGGAGUGUGGAGAGUCUGAGAGCCCAGCUGUGUGAGAAAGGAGACGGAGCAGAGCUUGUGUGGGACAAGGAUGACCCUCCAGCGAUGGACUUUGUGAUGUCAGCAUCCAACCUGCGCAUGCACAUCUUCAGCAUGAACAUGAAGAGUCGCUUUGAUGUGAAGUCCAUGGCAGGGAAUAUUAUACCAGCAAUUGCUACCACUAAUGCAGUAAUAGCAGGCUUGAUUGUACUGGAGGGUCUGAAGAUUUUAUCAGGGAAUAUUGAACAGUGUAAAACAAUCUUUUUGAACAAGCAGCCAAACCCAAGGAAGAAGCUCUUGGUGCCGUGUGCGCUGGACCCUCCCAAUGCCAACUGUUACGUGUGUGCCAGCCGACCGGAGGUGACAGUCAAGCUGAAUGUGCACCAAACACUAGUGCUGAGCUUGCAGGACAAGAUUUUGAAAGAGAAAUUUGGCAUGGUGGCUCCAGACGUUCAGAUUGAGGAUGGUAAAGGGACUAUUCUGAUUUCUUCAGAAGAAGGAGAAACUCAAGGAAACAAUUCCAAGUGUCUGUCUGAAUUUGGAAUCCGUCAUGGAAGCCGGCUGCAGGCUGAUGAUUUCUUGCAAGAUUAUACUCUCUUGGUAAACGUCCUUCACUGCGAGGACCUGGGGAAGGAUGUUGAGUUUGAGGUGGUUGGGGACACCCCUGGAAAGCCCAUAGAGAAAACUACAGAGGAGCCUGCUAAAAGCAUCGCGAAUGGCAGCGAUGAUGGUGCGCAGCCAUCCACUUCGAAAGCUCAAGAUCAGGAUGAUGUGUUGAUUGUCGACUCUGAAGAAGAACCGUCCUCCAGCAGCACCGACGUCAACAUGGAGGGCCCCAACCCCAAGAGGAAGCUGGAGGAGGGGCACGAGAGUGUCCGAGCCAAGAGGAUGUGCACAGACCCACCGGCCGCACAGCAAGAAGAUGAUGACAUCAUCGCGCUGGACUAGACUGCCUCACGGAUUGCGUUAUGUCUGUAAUUGGGCCAUGUGUACAAAUGUCAGAAGAACGCUGUAAAAUGUUAACAAACACCCCUUCACUUUUCUAACCGCCUCACUACUGUUGUGUACCGUAUAUGUGCAAAUAGGUGUGUGUGUGUGUGUGUGUGUAGUUGCUUGUAUUCAGAACUAGUAGUGGAAGAGGUUAGAGACUAUUAGAAACUCAAGUAGAAGGCUUUGUGUGGUCUUUUUUUAUCACAUUUAUUUGAACAACCUGCCACGCUGUAGUAUAGUUAAUGUAAAAACAUCUUUGCCCCCCAUGUUGAGCAUUUACACUCGACCAUAUGUGAGCUUCUGUGAAUUUCAGCUUCAUCUAGAACAGAGGUUCCCAAACUUUUGAUUGCCGCGUACCCCCUUCCAGACCUAUCAACUGUCUGCGUACCCCUAGCAUACGGAUUUAUAUUUUCAUGUUGUUUUUAAUGUAUGCUUUCAUAAUACACAGAUUUAUACACAUACACAAUAAUAUACUUACAAUAUAAAUGACUAUAAUAAUAUAAUUACGGCUUCUGAUUUUAGGGUUUAACCGAUAAAACACCCCUGAUACAAAAAAAUAAAUAAAUAUGUGUAUAAUGAACACCAGAAAAACACUGGAAAUAUACUCAAUUCACAUAACUCAAAAACCUAAUACAUAAAAAACAAGACAAACUACCUUUCCUUAACUUGUAUUGAUUAGUUCUGAAUACUUUCUCGACUGGAGGCUUGUUCGCGGGAUUUAAAGCUAUAUUACAGUUAGGAUACGUAGGAUUUAAAACAGAAUUGCAAAUUGUGGCGAAAUGUAAAAAAAAUGCCUAAACACAAAAAACCCAGAAGAAUGUGUCCGUGACCACAGGGAUUUCAUUGUGGAAGACAACAAAGGAAAGAAGGUACAAAGUGUGGUACUGUACAGUUACUACUUUGUGACAGAAAAAAACCAAGCAUUUUGUAAAGUACAGUAACAGAAAACAAUAAUUUCCUACAGUACAUAAAAAUCGAAAGCUCUGAAAAAAUGAUUUGCAUAAAAAUCGAAAAUAGCUCAUAAGCACCAAAAAAAUGUAAUUAAUAAAAAACUAAAAACAUACGUCAUAAAUAUAAUACAUUUAAUUCGUGUUGUACAGUUAUUGGUGGUGAGAGUUCUGUACGUCACUGUCCCUGUGUAUCCUUGUUCUCAUUGUUACCUCUUGGAGGUUUGCAAUAAACGAGCACACCACAGCAUUGAUCCCAAGUGUCCCGCUGCUGCGAGAUUGUCUUGCAUGGCUCUGUUUGUUUCUCCAUUUCUCUGAAUUUCCAAUGCGUUUUAAAGUUUCGUGUGAGUAUGACAAGUCUUAUGAAAAUGCAAAAAAACAAAACAAAACAAAAAUGUUCGCCAUUACACAAUUUGUCACGCGUACCCCCUAAACACGUCUCGCGUACCACAGUUUGGGAACCUCUGAUCUAGAACACCGGCACAUUGGCCAAAAUAUGAAUCCAAAGCAGUAACUCGCAUAUUCACAGAAAAUAUCAUCUGAAAUGUCUGUUUGUACAAUUAUACAACAUGUACAUAUUGUUGGCAGUUAUAUUUUAACAAACAUGUUGCCCUUUCCCUUAGUUUACAUUUUAUUUUAUUAUUUUUUUUUUAUAACAAAUGCCCCAGCUUGUUAAUGACCAGGCAGUUUAAAAAAUGUCAGAAAAUGUGCACAUGUUUUGAGAAUAAAUUGGCAGCAGUACAAGUAGUGGACAAGUUACAAAAGCCAAAGGGUGUUUAGUAAUGUUUAUAUUUGUAUCAAAGAAAAGCUGUUUUGCAGGUCUUGAAGUCACGGGUGGGUGAAUGGAAUGGUUUACUCUUCACAAUGUAUGCUUUUACAGCUGGCCAGUAUUUGGUGCACAAUUCUGUUUUUUUGAAGAAAUAUGAAUUGUUAAUUGGAAAAUCAUCUUUGAAUAACUAUGUACUGUAUUCCUUUGAAUUUAAGACUCCUACGAAUUUCCCACCCUCAAUUUGACGAAAAAAUAAAACAUCAAAUAAAUAUGCAUUCAUAAAGUUAAAACCUCAAUUACGCAUAUGGAGUUUGCGGCCGUCUGCUGUCACACAGAGCAUUACAGUUAUGUGCUGCUUCUCAUUUCCAGUUGUGAUUACUCGCAUGUGUUUUUCUCCUUUUCUUGGCAGUCGGACGUGUUGCUGUUUGUGUACUCGGGUAGUCAUGUCUUUUUUUUUUUGUUGGCGAUUUUUAAAAAGUGCGUCUUAAGUUCGAAGGAAUACAGUAUAUUGAGUGGAAAGUUUCUUUUUGCCAAUGUAACUGAAGUAGGCCCUGCCUAAAGAACUGAUAUCCAUGGCUGUUAUUUAAAAAAAAAAAAAAAAAAAAAAAUUUAAAUACGCACACAAACAUUUGGCCCUCUUGGCACUAAGAACAUUAGCUCUGGGCCUCCUUUUUUAUUGUUUUUGUUAUGUAAUUCUUUAAUACAGGAUAUGCACGCAUUUCAAAGGCAACUUUUUAUAACAAAAUCUGCGACUUCCUGGUACCUAAUUAUUUUACCAGUUAUUUUAAUUUUGCUGGAUUCAAUUUUUAGUGUUGUGAAGGGCUGACAGCUAUCCUUGUGCACCAUAGCUGAACAUUUUUACACCUAUUCGGUGUAAAGAGGGAAUUUUGAUUAAAAUCUGAUGUUUGAAACACGCGCUUUCUCAAUUUGAACCCGUCAACAGCACUGUUUACAUAUCUGUGAAACACUUUUUUUUUUUUUAUAACCAGUUUAUUUUUCAGUGUACAGGUAUACAGCUAGGUUACAAUGAUGCAAGCCACUUUUUUGUGUGUGUAUUGUUACUGUGCGUUAUUUAUAUUUCACAUUUUUGUAAAACACAACUAUACUGUACCUCUUAAGGACCAAAUAAAGAACGACUAAAUAUUGGUUAUA